CUUGAGCUCCGCUUCGCGACAACAAAUCCGAGGGUUAAAAUUCGCAAAGUGUACAGCUAUACAUAUAUAUAAGGCCCGACCCCGCCAGCAUCCCAAUUCUUAGUAAUCCUCUUUGCCAAUCCAAAAAACCAACGCCAAAAACCAAAUUAAGAUGGCCGCCCCAGCACCAGCACUUAAGGAUCUGCCCAAGGUGGCCGAGAACCUGAAGAGCCAGUUGGAGGGCUUCAACCAGGACAAACUGAAGAACGCCAGCACCCAGGAGAAGAUCAUUCUUCCCACCGCCGAGGAUGUGGCUGCCGAGAAGACCCAGCAGUCGAUCUUCGAGGGCAUCACCGCCUUCAAUCAGAACAACUUGAAGCACACGGAGACCAACGAGAAGAACCCGUUGCCCGAUAAGGAAGCCAUCGAGCAGGAGAAGGAGAAGAAUCAGUUCAUCGCCGGCAUCGAGAACUUUGAUGCGAAAAAGUUGAAGCACACCGAGACCAACGAGAAGAACGUGCUGCCCACCAAGGAGGUGAUCGAGGCCGAGAAGAAGGCUUAAGAAGGGGGUCCAAGUCCGGUCCAAUCCGAUCCGAUCCGAGAUCAGCGAUCAGAGAUCCAAGAUCCGAUCCUCAGUCACCCUCAGUCGUCUACUUUUCGUCUCGCCGCAUCUCACAAUCUUUAUACUUAUAAAAACAAACUAUUCCCUCUCAUUUUUCCAACUGCUGCAAAGUAUUUUACUAUUGUUUUUUUUUUUUUAUCUAUUAUUAUUUUUAUAUAUUUUUUGUAUUAACAAGCGAGAGAGCCAGUCUCAUUCCUACAGCGUAAUUAACAUAAAAUAAACAUUCGUCUAUCCCAUA